GCGUCCAUCCCCUCCCCAGCACCACCUCUGCUGCUGCCUCUGGCUGUGGACCUGCACCUCUUCCCCAUCCUCGCCAGGCCUGGGGAGCGUUGUGAGCCUGGAUGAGAGCCCCCCAACCUGGGGCUUUCCCAGGCAAUGGCCUUAGUGUUCCCAGGGAGGAGCCCCUGGACCCUGAGCAUCUGCUAGAGGCUUGGCAGAGGCCCCGCAGGAACUGUGUCUUCUGAGGACAAAAGGCGGCGGCCAGCAGGCAGGGGGGGGGGGACCGGCUGCCAGGCAGGCAGACUGGUAGCGGGGACCAGCUUUGGUCCCCCCUCCCAGCUUGGCGGUGGCAUAAAGAUGGGGAUGGGAGUGUGUAGUGAGGGAAGCACCUGCCGGUACCCCCACCGGCCACCUAGCUGGAUACCCCAAGGCUGUGUGCUGCCCACCUGGUGUUCCCCAACACCUCCAGCUCUGCCCAGUGUACCCCUCUUCCCCUGAUGUCUUCGAUUUAGACCAGCCCAGUUGUAUCCACGGCAACAGAAGCAGGAGUGCACUGGCCUAGGAUCACUGAGGGUCCCACAAUGUGGCUUGAGCUGUGAUUAUCCUGGAUGAAACAGCUUGAGCUCCCUCCCUGGAUUCCAAGACAGCCCUGCUGAGAAAGCUUAGUCUCUUUGGUGUUAUCUCUCUUAUCUUUCCUCACUCUCACCCCCCUCCACUUCCAACUCAACCACUAUUCAUUUAUAUCUCUGUUUCCAUGUUCUAUCUUUUCACUCUCUCCUUUCCCAUUCUGUCUCUGUGCGUUCCUCUCUUUCUCUCGCCUUCCUCUAUGUCUCUCUCUCUCUGUCUUUCUCCCCACCUCCAUUCUUCCUGUUUGCAGGUGUAGCCCAGCAGGACAACUGAUGGAGUCCCAUAGGGCCCAUCGAGUACUGGACUGGCUGACCCGGUAGGGUUGGGAGUAGCCCUUGCCUCUCAGUAUGGCCAACACCACUGGAGAGCCCGAGGAGGUGAGCGGUGCAUUGUCCCCGCCGUCAGCAUCUGCUUAUGUGAAGCUGGUGCUGCUCGGACUGAUCAUGUGCGUGAGCCUGGCGGGCAAUGCCAUCUUGUCCCUGCUGGUGCUCAAGGAGCGUGCCCUGCACAAGGCUCCUUACUACUUUCUGCUGGACCUGUGCCUGGCCGACGGCAUACGCUCUGCCGUCUGUUUCCCCUUUGUGCUGGCUUCUGUGCGCCACGGCUCCUCAUGGACCUUCAGUGCGCUCAGCUGCAAGAUUGUGGCCUUUAUGGCCGUGCUCUUUUGCUUCCAUGCAGCCUUCAUGCUGUUCUGCAUCAGCGUCACCCGCUACAUGGCCAUUGCCCACCACCGCUUCUAUGCCAAGCGCAUGACACUCUGGACAUGUGCAGCUGUCAUCUGCAUGGCCUGGACCCUAUCUGUGGCCAUGGCCUUUCCACCCGUCUUUGAUGUGGGCACCUACAAGUUUAUCCGUGAGGAGGACCAAUGCAUCUUUGAGCAUCGCUACUUCAAGGCCAAUGACACGCUGGGCUUCAUGCUUAUGUUGGCUGUGCUCAUGGCGGCCACACAUGCUGUCUAUGGCAAGCUGCUCCUCUUUGAGUAUCGUCACCGCAAGAUGAAGCCUGUGCAGAUGGUGCCAGCCAUCAGUCAGAACUGGACAUUCCAUGGCCCUGGGGCUACCGGUCAGGCUGCUGCCAACUGGAUUGCCGGCUUUGGCCGUGGGCCUAUGCCACCAACCCUGCUGGGUAUCCGGCAGAAUGGGCAUGCAGCCAGCCGGCGCCUGCUGGGCAUGGACGAGGUCAAGGGUGAAAAGCAGCUGGGCCGCAUGUUCUACGCGAUCACACUGCUCUUCCUGCUCCUCUGGUCACCCUACAUCGUGGCCUGCUACUGGCGAGUGUUUGUGAAAGCCUGUGCCGUGCCCCACCGUUAUCUAGCCACUGCUGUUUGGAUGAGCUUCGCCCAGGCUGCCGUCAACCCGAUCGUCUGCUUCCUGCUCAACAAGGACCUCAAGAAGUGCCUGAGGACUCACGCCCCCUGCUGGGGCACAGGAGGUGCCCCAGCUCCCAGAGAACCCUACUGUGUCAUGUGAAGCAGGCUGGUAGGCAGACAGGCAGGGAGAAGGUUGUGACCACCACGAUGGGGCCAGCAGAAAUGGAGGGGUGGGGCCCCAUACAGGAGCCUUUCUUUCUGAGCUCCAGCCCAGCCCCUCUGGUCAUCCAGAGUCUAGACAUCUUUGCCAAUCCUCCACAGAGCUGGGGACUGGGUAGGAAGCUGGGAAAGAAGCAUUUCUAGUUCUGUGAGGCCUGUCUCCACUGCUUCCUUCUCCAUUUCUAUAAUCUCUCCCUGUCUCUCAGUAUCUUUCUCUUUCCCUCUCUCCCUCCGCCUUCCAUCCAUCCCCUCCUUUCUCCCUCUCUGUCCCCUCUCAAAUUCAGAAAAAGAAAACAACACUGAAAGUGCAGGUUUUUCUACUAAUAGCAGAGACAGGCUUUGCUUGUAAUGUCUCUUCUUCUGACAUUGACCAGAAAAGGGGAAUUUGUCCUGUAAAAUAGACUCCCAGAGCUCUUAUUUCCCCCUAUGCUCCCAUGUAUCCUCCCCUUCAGUCCUUUAGCAAGGCCUAGAUGUUUAGGGAGAAAUUGAUCUGCUGACAAGAGGGACCAAAGAGGGUGCUGGGUUCCCAGGGAGCAGAGAUGUUAAUUGCUGUGUUGUGUGCAAUGUUGUUUUAGGCUAAGGUUGGCCCCAAAUCCAGUCUCCUCUCCCUCCCCACCAGCCCAGCUCUCCUAAGUAUUUCCUGAGUAUCAGUUUGAGAACCAGGAGGGGAGGGAGAAGAGCCCCUGUAGGUGAAGAGCAGGAUGUGAGCUAUAUGCCUUGAGCUGAAGAGACCUGAGCUUGUUGUAUUCUCUUGAGCUGCCUCCUGGAUUCCCAGUCCCCAACUCUUCUUCUUGAUGACAAUCCACUCCAGGACCAUUAGGGUGGAUGUGGGUCACCAUACUGGCAGGAGCAGUCAGUCCCCCAGGGAAAUAUAGCAAGAGAAGUGAAAUCCCCCAGAGUAGGGAUCCCAGGCCCUGGGGUCAGAAUGGUAUUCAAUCCCAGAAUUAUCUCCUGGGUUCACACUACUCUCCUCAAGACAAAAAUUCUUUGGCGGCCUUGGUACACAUUCCAAGGCACAGUGGACCUGAGUCCAUUCCUAUCUGACCUCUUUUUGUCCCCUGCAAGCCUCAGGGGCCUCAAACCCCUCCAUGGUCACCCUUGGCCUUCUGGGCCCUCAGCCCCAAGAUUCUUCCCAACAACCCUUCUCCCUAGUUCUCCACCCAAGGUGGAACAGACUCAAGCCAGAUCCUCCAGGUGGGAGAUCCCAAGCCUCUAGAUAGGGGCAGAGUUCACUCUGGGCUCACAUCAAGGCCAGUUCUUGUGGACUGGUGAGCCAAGCUGGCAUUCAAUCUUUGUUGGUCUUACCUGGGUUCUCUUGCCUCCUGUCAUUUCCUGGGGGAGGGGAAAUCUGCAUUUAUCCACCCUCCCUUCCCCUUUCUUAUAGAAGCCCUGUCCUAAGCUCUCUCCCUACUCCAAGAUAGUCCCAGAACUGGGAAAGCCUUGACCCAAGAGGAAUGGGGAGGGCACUCUAGGCAGGAGAGACAUUAAUGGGCCUGGCUAUGGAGUGACCCUGGAAAGGCAGGCCAGAGUGGCUGAGAGACUGGGGACUGGGUCUACCUGUUCUCUCAGUGAUAGUGAUGGGGGUGCCUUUUCCAGGGGUGGGGUGGGGGGAGAUAAGUACAUUCUGGAGGGUUUUCCUCCAAUUCCUUUUUCUAACUGCCUGGAUCACCAUUGGAUUUUGUAAAUGGAAAACUGAAAUGAACAAUGCUAUAUUGGA